CGGUGGGGCCUGGGCGGUGGCGGCUGCGGGAGCAGCAGCAACGACAACAACAACAGGGCCGAGCCCCGGACAGACAGACGGACGGACAGCUGGACAGACAGCUGGACAGACAGCCGGACAGACAGCCCUUCCAAGCCCCAGCCCGAAGGACUCAGGACCAUGGAGCGGGACGGCCGAGCCUCCGCGUCCAGCGCUGGGGGCCGGAGCCAGCCGAUCGCCUGCAGCGGGAAGCUGUGCCGGAACCUGUUCGGGCCCGUGGACGCGGAGCAGCUGCGCCAGGAAGCCCAGGCCCUCCUGCAGAGCUGCGCCGACGAAGCCCAGCGCCGCUGGAACUUCGACUUCGUCGCCGAGACGCCUCUGGAGGGAGACUUCGCGUGGGAGAGGGUGCGGGACCUGGACCUGCCGGCCCUCUACCUGGCCUCGCCGGGCUGGCGCGGCCGGGAGGGCCCGGCGGGGAAGCGGCAGAGGCCUGGGCCGGCCUCCUCGGCUCUGGUGCAGAUCUCCUCCCGGGGGGACCACGUGGACCUGUCGCUGUCCUGUGCGGUGGGGCCGCCCCCCCAGGCGCAGGAUGUGGGCUCCCCAACCAACGGCAGCCCCCGGGGACACAAACGGCGCCAGACCAGCAUGACAGAUUUCUACCAUUCCAAGCGUCGGUUGGUCCUCGCCAAGACGAAGCCCUGAUUCCACAGCCAUGGAAGUUUGCUCCGCCUCCCCUCCCCCUUCUAACUCUUAUUUGUUUUUAAUUAUUGUAUCGUUUGUAUUUUAAUUUAAUUUCUUUAUUCUGUGUAUAUAGUGUCCCCUCCAGGCCCGAGGGUCCUUUAGUGUCCAGCUUUCGCCUAUUUAAAGAAAGUUUUAUGAGCUGGAUGCCGGGAUUGGACGGUUUGGUAUUUUUGUAUUGCAGGACUUUAUUUAAAAUGUUCUUGUCAUUUGUACGCAGUUUCCUUUAUCCUGUAAAACAGAAUGAAGUCGGCUUCGGCCCUAGGGUGGCCUCAGAUGAUGAGAGCUGAACUGGCUUUCAUCUCUCCCUGAGGCAGAUGCACUAUGUUUGGGAUGUCGGGGGGAUCGAGCUGAGGGCAGAGCACCCCGAUGUUGGACUUGCCCUUCCGCUCAACUCUCCCCUCCUGGAGGAGAGGUUCCUGGGUCCCUGGUUCCCUAGCUGCCCACCCCCCCCCUUUUUUUUUUUUUUGCACGAAGCCCGGGGAGUCUGCCGCCCUAGGGAAUCCGGGAUGUGGGCCUGCACCGCCCCUCACAGAGAGACACGGGUCUAUUCCCCCUACCCCCACCCCAAAAACGGGCCGGCCCCCCAACUUUGGGAUCCUGUAGCAUUCACGGUGCUGCCCCACACUUCCUGAGGAGGGCUGCUUCCACCACCUCUCUCGUCCUCUCCCAGGGACCCGACCCCCAAUCCAUUCCCUCCAUGGGAGUGGAGGGAGGGAGAUUUGCACCAAGCUUUCUGCCCCAGUAGAACGAGGGCCCCCUCCCUCGAAAAAGGCUCCUCCUUCGAGCUUCCUGGUUCCUACCUCAUAUGGUUCCUGGGUGUCUCCCCCUCUUCCUGCCCCCAAAACGAGAGCACCCAGGUCUGACUGUCCUUUCUGAGCUCCGGCUCCUCUGGCCACUUGCCCGGCUGUGGAGUCAAGCUGGGGGCGGCGGAGGGAUGGGGGGAGGAAAUCUUGCCCUGCCCUCUCCUCCUUCCCCUCACUCCGUUCCGCAGGCCCCAGGCCCUUCAUUCACACGGCGGUAUUUGCCGAGCACUUAUCGGGUACAGAGCACUGUACUGAGCAUUCGGAAGAGUACGACUGAAGUAAAAAGACGUGGUCCCUAUCCUUAUUUUCCUUCCUCUUUUUGCACUUUGUGUAGUGGCUCCUAUCCCGGGGCUCGUUCUUGGAGAUGACGCGGCCGGGUGUUUCCAGAUUGGGUGGCAUGAAAACUUCACUUUGUGAGCAAUAAAGCUGAUUAGACAGGCUGGGUAUCUCGGUGUGAGCGUGUGUG